UCGUCUCAACUAAAUAACUAAAAGCACAAAUAGAUAUCGCCCAUCUCGCUCGCCGGUUUUCAAUCCAGUGAUAUCAGCAUGAACGCAAACCACACGAGGCUGUUCAUUUCCGAAGUCCACUGGCAGUACUUGAGCAAGCGCACCUCAGCCUCAUGCAGAUUCUUUCUUUCACCCCACUAGCCUUGUUGUCGAGUAAAUAGGCACAUAUCCCCCAUGUCAAGAGCAUCAAACACUUCAAUAAAUUUCCGAAGACCAUCGACAGCGAGUGGUGCCGACGGCGGUCAGGAUGAAACCCCACAUAGCGACGAGCAGCCUCCACCUGAAAGUCAAAUCGUAGAACUCACUGGGGGCGAGAAAGACAUGAGUGGUCCUUCAACGGCGAAGCAGCCGUCGGGGAUCUCGGAUGCCCCUUCCCGGCCAUCAAAACCUCACCAGAACGAUACUAACAAUGAUUCGCCCAACGAUUUACCUCACGAGGCGGCAGGAGUCGUAGUCCAACAGUCAGAUCUAAGUGACUUAAAGAACAUUAUGAAUCAAGUAUUGGAUGUUCUCCAGGAUUCUACCAUUGCCUCCAAGAGUGGAAAGGACCUCCGCUCUCGUUUUUGGACAGUAUACAGAAAAGUCGCGGAGGAACACGACAGCGACUUCCUUGAGCGAUACACCAUUGAUAUGGACAUUGUUCUGAUCUUCUCCGGUCUCUUCUCCGCUGUUAGCACGUCUUUUAUCGUAGCAAUGGAGUCUAGCCUCAGUUACGACCCCAGCGACACCACAAAUGCCCUUCUCACGCAGCUCGUGCAAAUCGGGCUCGGCAACCUUGCUGCAGCGGGUGUAGAGCCCGCAGCACCACCAUCUGUGUGGUCGCCGCCCACAUCGACUGUAAGGAUCCAAGGGAUCGCAUACGCAAGCUUGUGCAUGAGCUUGCUCGCUGCAUUCGGGGCCGUGCUAGGAAAGCAGUGGCUCGGAUACUACAAGGCAAGCCGAUAUGGUCGCGGGUCGCCAGAGGAACGAGGGAAGCGCAGACAAGAGAAGUUCGACGGCAUCAUCACAUGCGCCAAUAUGUGGUACGAGCAGCACAGCAUUGCCUGGGUUAUCAUUGCAACCACGGUCUUCGGAUUUUUGUUCUAUUCCCUCACUUUGAUGGCAGCUUUGGUAUCUCCCUCCUGUCCAUUUCAGACCCCGAUAUCAACAAUAUUGUGCAUAUUGCACGUUGACAGUAAGCUCGUUGUGAACUAUGGUGGUCAUUAUCAAUCUAAAUGAACAUAC